UGUCUGCUUUACUUGCUUGCUCGGACCAUUGUCGAGGCUACCACAAAAAGAUUGACUGAUUUACAAGUUGUGCAUCGAUUACUCACAAUUGCUUGAAACUGCUUGCGGAUAAAUUCCCACGUUGCCUUGCGUCAUCGAUAUUCGCCAAACUCUCGCGUCAAUAAUCAGGAACAACACCAGGACAUCAAAUCUGGAUGAGUCCAAACACGAAGGUAGCGGACGAAAGGGCGCCGCUGCUUGGACCGCAGCCGAGUACCGUAGAUGCUGGCAAUGAGUACUUGCCCGAUAGCGAGAUCGAGGAUGACUCGGGCCGCAUCUCAGUAUCAAGGGCGGCGAUAUGUGUUGUUGCAUUGGGGUCGUUGAUUUUCCUGCAAGCCACAAACAUUUCACUACUAACCACGACACAAUCUACCAUUGCAGCUGAUCUUGAUGCUUUCGAGAAGACCAGCUGGUUUACCUCUGCAUAUCUCAUUGCAGUAUCAUCGACUUCUCCCUUGACUGGCAAGCUCAGCCAGUUAUUCAGCCCGCGAAACUGUAUCAGUGCGAGUGCUAUGAUCCUGGGAUUGGGAGCCCUCCUCACCAGUUUUGCCCAGACUUUCGCCAGCUUCAUCCUCGGACGUAUAAUCACCGGUAUUGGAGCUGCUGGAGUCUUUACCGUCUCGAUCAUUGUUGUGCUGGAGCUCAGCGGACCUACCAAACGCGGUGCUGUCAUUGGUCUGUUAAACUCUGGCUUCACAGUUGGUGUAGCUGUUGGAGCGACUGUGGCAGGUGCAUUGGUCAACAGUGUUGGCUGGAGAGCCCUGUUCUGGAUGCAGACUCCACUUGCUGUUGUAGCUGGUGGAGCUCUCUAUCUGGCUAUCCCUACUCAAUUCUCCGCUGCUAGAGGCAACAGCAAAGAGAGUGUCUGGAAGAAGCUGUCGACAUUGGACUAUCUGGGCGCCUUUACCUUGACUGUCGGCAUUGUCCUGCUACUUGCAGCCCUCUCAAAUCCUCGCCGCAUUCCAAUUCUUCCGAUCAUCUUCAGCAUCGUCGCGUUGGCGACUUUCAUCCUCAAUGAGAUGUAUCUGGCCAAGGAUCCUAUCAUCCCAGUCACCCUUCUCAAAUCCCGCGGUAUGGCUUUCACUUGCCUAGGCACUGUAGGCUUCAUGAUGGCACGCUGGAGCGUCCUCUUCUUCACACCAACCUACACACUCGCCGUUCGUGGCUGGGCGCCCGCAGCAGCCGGCAGCAUUCUGAUCGCCACGAACGGCGGUUUUGCACUCGGAGGCAUCCUGGUCGGUGUCUUCCACAUUCGCCGCCAGGGCAGUUUCUACAUUGCCUGUGUGAUUGUGUAUAUGCUGUUCCCUAUCACACUGGUCGGCAUCGCUAUGCUCUCGACUGCGAAAGCAUCUUCGUGGUUGUACAUCUUGUUGCUGUUCUUGAAUGGUCUUACUGUUGGUGCAGCUAUGAACUAUACUCUUGCUCAUCUGCUGCAUCUUACACCGGCUUCCACUCACUACAUCGCCACAUCUCUCAUCGCCACAUUCAGAGGUUUCGCUGGCUCUUUCGGCUCAGCCAUCGGCGGCGGUCUUUUCACUCGUCUUCUACGAAAGUCCUUGGAGGAGAAGUUUGACAAAGGCGACGCGGAUCUUGUGCGUCGCCUUUUGGGCAGUCCCGCCAUGGUCAGCCUGUUGAAGGGAGCCAACAAGACCAAGGCUAUUGCGGGAUAUGAGGAUGCGUUGAGAGGCUUGUUCUUAGCCGCCGCUGGUCUCGCAGUGCUCAUGGUGCUUGUUCAAGCAGCUACUGGGUGGAAGGGUGUGGAGGAUGAGCCCAAAACUCAGGAAAGCGAGGAGGAAGUCGUACAGUAGUAGCAAAACAUGUAUCAGGAGUUUUGGGUUAGAUUAAUAGCUGCAGAGCAAUUGAAUAUGACUACAGUCAUCG